CGUGUCUGUGCGCAAGGCUGGUACACAGAUAGCCCUGGCUGGCGUCAUGUCACUACGCAUGCGCAGUGCUGCUCGCGCGAGUCACUAGCUGAGGAUAGUUUUUCGUGGCAGGCACUAAGACCCUGGACGCUGGCGGCGUGCUCUGUGCAGCGGAAUCUACGUAAUAGCAAACAGCCGGAGUGAGAGCUAAACGCUCAUAUACAAUAACUUUCAGCAGAGCGGGCCAAGCAGGAAGUAAAGCGGCGGUGUACUGCAUUUGGCACCAAACAUGCGUGACUUGGUAAGGGGAUGAGCGCUUGUCACGUGAUAAACCGGCAGGCUGAGCUUUUAGUUUGUUUUUUUGUAAUGAGAGUCUGGGUUGAAAGUACGUGUGCACCACGUGUCCUGUGAUUUCACCAUUAAUCUAACAGUACACAGAGUAACUGACUUAACCCCUUCAUAAACUGUGACAUGAUGUGCAGCAGCCAUGAAAUUAAGACAAGCAGUAUAUUUUACACGUGGAAUAUACUAGGUAGUUGUUGCUUGCUUAUUAAUUCUAAUGCAAACUGUGUGACCUGUCACUUGUAGCUGUUACUAUACAGUCUGGUUAGUUUUACCAAGCACAAUAACUACUUCUGCUGGUUUCAGUGGUUAUGGUGCCAGGAUUGCCCCUGCACCCUCCCAGAGUGGUGUGUCAAACCAUUUUAGAACAGUUUGGCAGCUUACCUGGUUGUUGAUGAUCACUGUGGCUGCAUGCUCUGAUUCCAGAAGAGUUAAGUCUGAUUGACUGACUAAGGAAGUCUGCUGAAUAGAGGUGUAUCUCUAAUUAGGUGAUUUAGGCGGUCACCUUGGGCCUCGUGGCUGCAUAAAUUGCCUCAGGGUCUGGGGGCUUGCCUUGCGUGCUGCUGGGUGAGAGGCCAGAGCCUCCUGUCUGCAGCUCUGCCGGAUGCAGACAGAGGUGUCUCACGAUCUCAGCCAUCAGAGCGUUGCUGUGGGUUAUCACAGCAAUGGUCUGACAACUCAAGCUUGUGAGACCUUCUAUCAUGUAAGAUGCAAAUCUGCAGACUGAACAGCUAGCCCAGCGUACCACAAGGGAAAGAUCACUGGACCACCAUGAAGUUGAUAAUGGAGAAAACAAAAUGGUAUUUCAGUGUGUCGCCCGUCUGCCCCUCGCGUGCUCUGUCGCUCACCCCCCUCGCAAAUUUACCUGCUUCUUCGAUCUUUACUUUCCACACCCACCACCCACUCGGGUGGCCACCAAUCUACCCAAUUAUUGUCCCAUCCCUAGGAAUGCUGGAAAAAUGCAAUAGGCAUCCUGACAGAUUUACACAGUUAGAUCUCUUCACUUUGAAAUAGCCUAACAGGGGGAGGAGUAUGAUCAGUGUAAUUCUGGCAGAACAAUUGUUGGAUUUCUCUGUUGCACUUUCUUUUAUUAGUGGACAGGUCUGAAACUGAAGUAGGUGGGUAAAAAAGCAAGAGAGGGUGGGUUCAAUAAUGCAAUCUGAGCAAGUUUAUUUAUAAAUGUUAAUAAUGUACAUUUCCUGCUUGGUUUUGGUUUGUGUAAAGUGUUUGCGUUUUGGAUUGAAAAAGAAAUAUAUAUAUUUUACUGUUUUUGCUUUAUUUUUAGAACUUCAUCAUUUGAUACCCAAGAAGCUCCUCAGUAAUUCAAACUGUAAGAAGUAUUUGUCUUAUUACGUAUGAGUUUGUUUUUCACAUCAAGGAUGUCUUUUCAGUUCAAUUUUUCUAUAGAGGACACAGAAAGCAGUCCCUCGGAGUGCGGAUUAAGCCCAGUGUUAUACAAUUGCUCUUCAGACCUUAUUGACAAAGAAGAAAAGUCAAAGGACAAUAAAUUGCUGUUAGGAGACUGUGAAGUACAGACAGAGAUAACAAAUGAAGUAAAGGAAACAAAGCCAGUGACCUCAAGUGGUAAAAACAAUCUAAUUAGCAGUGACAUAACCAGCUUUAACUGUCAAUCGGAAGAAAAAACAGGAAGCUGCAGUACCCUUGCCACAGAGCACAAACUUCCAGAAGAUGUCAGCAGAGUGCUUGAAAAUAAAAUAGUCGAAAGCAUUUCGGGGCUGAAUUUUGUAAAUGUGUCAGUUGUUGAAAUGACAUUAUCAGAUAGAGAUUAUUUUUGUGAAAGCAUUGUAAGCAAAGCAAUUACAUCUAACACUGAUCUCAUUUCUGGCAUUUAUGAAGGUGGGAUGAAAAUUUGGGAAUGCACGUUUGAUCUUAUAAGAUACUUGGAAGACAAUAGCAUAGAAUUUGAAGGCAGGGAGGUUUUGGAUCUUGGUUGUGGAGCUGGUUUGCUGGGAAUUCUGGCCCUUAAGCAAAAAGCUAAAGAAGUUCAUUUCCAAGACUACAACAGUACUGUAAUAGGGGAAAUAACCAUCCCCAAUGUACUAGUGAACUGUGACAAUAAAAAGUUAAAUGAAUGCAGUCCAAAAAGGCAAAAAAACACUGAAUCGAAGGCUGGGCUUCUGUCCAAGUGCCGGUUUUUUUCAGGGGACUGGUCACGGUUUGUGCAGUUAAUGAAAAAUGAAAUUCCUCCUAAGAAAUAUGAUGUUAUUUUAACAUCAGAGACCAUCUAUAAUCCGUCUUACUACAGUGUGCUGCAUGAUGUACUUCAGCAUCUAUUAGGAAAAAAUGGUAUUGUGUAUUUGGCUUCCAAGUCACAUUACUUUGGUGUUGGAGGGGGUGUUCACUUGUUUAAAGAAUUCAUUAGAGAGAAGAAUAUUUUUUGUACCAAAACACUUCAGGUAUAUGAUGAUGGCCUGCUAAGGCAAAUUCUUCAAUUGUCUUUUGAAAAUAAAAUAUAACAUUUUAAAACUCAA